GAACAUCGAUAAGAUGUGGAUAUUUCAAAAAUCUAUCUAAAAUUUGUAUGAUAUUGCGCAUCGUUACCAUAUUGUGCAUUUGAUGCAGCAGCAAUGCCAAGGUAACCAAUCGUUUUCCGUUUUACACAUUAUGGCCUCUGAUAUGGUUUUGUUCACAGAGAAAUAAUCACGGUCCAGGCCGGCCAAUGCGGUAACAGCAGUCAGUAACCCCUCAUUUUGCUAUACGAAACGGAAAGUAUUCUAAUAGAGAUGCUCGACAGUUGGUAGUGAAUUCUGGCAGCAGCUCUGUCAGGAACACGGCAUAAGUCAAGAUGGUAAUCUCGAGGAAUUUGCUACGGAGGGAGGGGAUAGAAAGGACGUCUUUUUCUACCAGUCAGACGACACACGAUAUAUCCCUCGUGCAAUCUUGAUCGAUCUAGAGCCUCGCGUACGUGCUUCUUAGGCUUCCAGGCUAUAUUCUUCGAUUUCGGAGUAUUAAUACGUGGUUGUCUAGGUCCUCAAUGGCAUUCAAACAGGUCCAUACAGAAAUAUUUACAAUCCGGAGAACUUUUUUGUUGGGAAAAAUGGUUCGGGUGCUGCAAACAAUUGGGGAGAUGGAUAUCAAACAGGCGAAUCUGUACAUGAAGAAAUCAUGGAAAUGCUUGAUCGAGAGGCUGAUGGUAGUGACUCGCUCGAGGUGCGUACGAAGCCGAUAUACAAACAACGAAGCUAAUAUGAGUAGGGCUUCAUGAUGUUGCACUCUAUAGCAGGUGGUACUGGCUCUGGAUUGGGAUCUUUUCUACUCGAACGACUGAACGACCGCUUUCCCAAGAAGAUUAUUCAAACAUAUUCCGUGUUUCCAGACACUACCAAUUCUGGAGAUGUUGUUGUACAUCCAUAUAAUAGUUUACUCUCCAUGCGAAGAUUAACACAGAACGCCGAUUCAGUCGUGGUGCUCGAUAAUGGUGCACUAUCAAGAAUAGCUGCAGAUAGGUUACAUGUUCAAGAGCCAUCAUUUCAACAAACUAAUCAGUUGGUCAGUAUUUCCCUUUUUCCGAGCGAGGUGUGCUUUACUAAAAUAUACAGGUCUCUACGGUUAUGUCAGCUAGUACCACUACACUUAGAUACCCAGGAUACAUGCACAAUGAUCUUGUUAGCAUAGUCGCCUCCCUCAUCCCAACUCCUCGUUGCCAUUUCUUGAUGACAGCCUAUACACCAUUUACGGGGAACAAUGUUGAGCAGGCAAAGACUGUGCGAAAAACUACAGUUCUAGAUGUCAUGCGAAGACUUCUACAGCCCAAAAACCGCAUGGUUUCGACGAUACCUGGUAAAAAGAGUUGUUACAUAUCAAUUUUGAAUGUCAUUCAGGGAGAUGUCGACCCAACGGAUGUUCAUAAAAGUCUCCUUCGAAUUCGUGAGCGACGACUUGCGACAUUUAUUCCUUGGGGCCCAGCUAGUAUUCAAGUCGCAUUAACAAAGAAGAGUCCAUAUAUACCCAUGAAUCACAGAGUCAGUGGACUUAUGCUGGCGAACCACACAAGUAUAGCUACAGUAAGUUCCGAGAAGCUGUUGAUGUGCCCCAAAUCACUAAUAGGUCAUAGCUAUUUAAACGUAUCGUAAGACAAUACGAUGGGAUGCGCAAGCGCAAUGCCUUCAUGGAAGGUUAUAAGAAGACUGCACCAUUUGCUGACAAUCUUAACGAAUUUGAUGAGGCAAGAGAAGUAGUAACAGAUCUUAUUUCAGAAUAUGAAGCUGCAGAAGACGCAGAUUAUCUCAGUCCUGACACUGGAAAUACUGCUCCCACCGGAGAGACAAGUGACAGAAGACUUCCUUAAUUGUCUGUAGAUUUACAGCGGAUGGAGAGCAUUAGUAGGAGUCGAGGGUCACGAUUUAGGGCGGCAAGGAGAGAUGCGUCUAGGGAGUCAUUCGAAUGUCCCAGUGGCGCAUAGACAUUGAUGAUUGAGGACAUUGCAAUUGGCGUUUUACAAGGAUGAUUAAUGAUACCAAUUAUGAAGAAGUUUCCAUUUUUUCUCUCGUUUU